AUGGAGUUGAUGUGGCUGUACUUUGCUUGUCAGUACCUCCUCUUCAUCGGAGUCUUCGCCUGCAGCGGUCGCUUGUGCCUCAGGGUGCAUAAGACCGGUUCUGUGUCUGACAUCCACCAGGGCAGCCAGCUCUCCAAGCCCUGGUCUGUGUCCAACUGUCUGCGCCUCACCCUGGGUCUGGUGGGAGCUCUAGGUGGCGCUGUGGAGCUCCCGGUCACUGUUAUUCUAAACAAGCGUAAUCCCACCUGCAUGUACACGUGUAUCACUUUGGUCUGUGGCCCACUGAUCAUUCGACACUUCACAAUGUUCCUGCUGAUGCUCUUGUCUCUGGAUGAUCAUCUGCUCUACAUUUUGGCUCAUAGAUACUCGGCCGUGGUGACCCGGCGGAGUGCCCUGUGUGCGGUGCUGCUGAGCUGGGUGGCCUCCAUCUUGUCCUCCUUCGCCCAGUUCAUUGGCUCGGACAUCCUUCACACCUGGAGGGGCAAUGGAGGAUACGGGGGGUCAGAGGGUAUCAAUACUGACACAACCGGUCUUGGACUUGGAGACAAUUUGACCACAGCGUUACCAAUAACUACCCACAAUCCAAAGCCUCAAAAUGUCAAGGUUAUCGGAACAUUCUUGCCUUACGGUGGUUUCCUAUCAAAGUUCUAUGUGGAAGAUAUGCACAAUUUCACAUACGCUCAACUCCAUAGCAGUCACUGGGGGGUGUGCUCUCCUGACACACUUUUGAGUCUGAACUUUUUAGUCUACGUCUACGGCAUCACCGUAUUUCUGCUUCCGUUGGUUUGCCUGCUAGGUAUUUAUUUGAAUCUUCUCUGCAUGAAACCAAAACAAACCGAAGAAUUAGCCAAAAGCUCUUUCUCACAGUUGCGUUUUCUGUCCAUAUCAAUCUUCCUCCUUGUCAUCCUCUGCGCCCCCAUCCACAUCAUCCACUCCCUGGCAUUAUAUUCCCCCAAAACAGCAGUCCCCGUCUGGGUGCACAGGGCCGCGUCGUACCUCUUCCAGGCAUACAGCGUAGUGCCCCAAGUUCUCUUCACUCCUCCGAAGAAACGAGCAAGCAGGGUUAGGGAGGCUUUCUCUCUCUCCUCACGCCAACCCCCCCUCGCUCCCGUCGAUGCCACCGGAGGCAAGGCGGUGCUGCGUGGAGCGGUGCAGGCGGCUCAGUGGGCCUCAGCCAAAAACGCCCUCAAAGCUAAAAUCUGCCCCCAUGUGUGA